ACAGAAAUGGCGGCUUUGUUUAUACUUGUAGUUAAUUGUUAGAAAAAUGUACUCCUCAGAACCUUCAGGUAGUUAUCGUCCUUCUGCAAAGGAGAAAUUUAACUUUUACAACACUUUAGCGAUUUUGUUAAAAGCAGUAGAAGGUCAAAAGACAACAAUCGAUUUACGAAAUGAAUCGUCUAUCACUGGAACAGUAGAUCAUGCUGACGGAUACAUGAAUGUUGAGAUGAAGGACUGUAUUUUUACUGAUUCUCGAGGAGACACAUUUAAGUUUGAAUUAUUUUUCGUACAAGCACGAAAUAUUCGUUUUGUUCACAUACCUCCUCACAUACCUAUAAUACCAGCUAUUAAGGAUCAGCUGCAAAAAGUGUCUGGGCAUCUGGUCAAAGAGCGAAGUACAAAAAUUACACACAGAGAAUCGAGAACUUUGCUUUCUCAACGUGAAGGAAUAGCUGCUGUAAAACAAAUUUUAGAAGAGAGAAAAAAUAGUGCAGUAGAGAGUACAUCUGAGUCGAGUUAGAAUAUAAAAGUAUUAUAUACAGUAUGAUAGGAUAUUUUCAUCGAAUUAGAAUAUAAGGAUAGAUAGAAGGUUUUUUUUACUUGCGUUCGCAAAUAAUUUUUUUCUUAUAGAAUUAUCAAAAAGACGUUAGAAAUAUUUAUUUUGUUAUAAAAAUGUUAACUCUCUUCGUACAAAAAUAAAUAAGGUUUCCAUCUAACAAACUCUCUUUUGCAAGAUUAUACCUCAAAAAAAUUUCUCAUGCAUAUAAGUCUUCGAAGUUUGUAUGACUAUAUAUUUUAUAAUAAACUACUACAGCUUCGAAAAAAAAAGUUUUUGUCGCAAA